GAUACUCUUUUUGUUAAAUGGCUGUAUGGAUGUUUAAAAAAAAAGUGUGUAUAGGAUUAAAGCCACGUGGACCCGCCCCAUAAAUAAGUCCUAUAACGUGCUCGCCUGAGCCUGUGAUGGAAACUAAUUAGUGGAUAUGGCUCCUCUUUGGUGGUGGAGAAAUGGAGCGUACACUUCUAAUAUCGUGACCUGUCGGGUGUGUCGACCACACUGACAAAAGAGCUGAAAUCAAACGGAGCUGACGAGCCCACGAGCUUUCGAUAAGUGUCGUCACUCACACCUGCCAGCCAAUCAGAGGCAGCACGAGGUCUACUUAUGGUCGCCCUCAGGCUUCAGGGAGGCUGUUUCACUCAGGACAACACGCGACAACAUGACCAGGAGACAACAGAGCACAACUGUGGAAGAUGGCCGGACUAGAAAGAGGGUCCUGAAACCAGUUGUGGAGAAGAAGAGAAGAGAUCGAAUAAAUCAAAGUCUGGCUGAGCUGAGAAGUUUGCUGUUGAAUCACACGUCUGAUCCACGGCUGCAAAAUCCUAAAAUAGAGAAAGCGGAGAUUCUUGACUUUGCAGUGGAAUAUCUUCAGAAGCGGACAGAUGACUCUACUCAUACUCAGAUGAAGACUCAUCCUCUUGUGGUAAACCCUCAUCACUCAGAGCCCAAUGCUCCCGCUCUCUUUACCAUGGAGAGUGCAGGUUUCCAGCAGUGUGUGGCCCAGCUGACCAGCUACAUGCAGAAAAUAACACCGUCACAGAGGACGAGCCUGAUCGAGGGGCUGAGGCGUCACACGGAGAGCCAGCAGCCAAAACCAGACUUCAGCCAGAGAAUGAUGGAGACGGACGCGGCCAGACAACAACCUGUGGACGGCGUUUGCACAACUGAGAGGAAAGAAGACUCUCCCAAGUUGUUGUUUCCAUCUCACUCCCCAUUUCAGCCUCACUCGUGCUCCACACCGUGCCACGACUAUCUGUCGCCUCCCCCCUCCCCGUGGCUUUCUCCCUCCUUCUCCACAUACGCCACCUCGCCUCCUUUCCCGUCAUUUGCCUCUCACUUCACCUUCCCUCCCAGCCUGUCACCUCUGUCUUCCAACACCUCCUUCUUCAGUUUCCCACCCACCGUCCCACACUCCGGCCUUCCUGCCCUUCACUGCCUCCCUCCACACGCUGCACAGAGAGAGGGGUCACCACCAAACUCCUCCUCGACCAUGUGGAGGCCUUGGUUUUGAUAAAAUGGACAAGAGACUGACAAACUGAGCACAGCGGAGCCACCUAGUGGGGGAGCAGCUGUGAAUCAGUGGCUGUGGAGAGGAUGAAAAACUCUGCAUGCUGCAAAUGUAUAGUGUACAUAUGAUUAAAAUUGUCUAUAUUUUGUAUUUCUUCUUAUAAAUAAAUGAACCUACCAAGUC